AGGUGCUGUUUGGUAUACGUUCAUAUCUGAAAGAUUUAUAAGUCCAAAAUUGAUUGGAAUUCUUGCAAAAAUAAAUCAGUUGUUAAUAAAAUAUUAAAUUUUGAAAGUUCCUUGACGUAUUCCACUUAGAAUUAGAGUUAAAAUUCCAACAGUGGAUGUAGACAGAAAAAAAAGAGUUUCGAGUCAUCAGAACGGCAAGAUAUGAAAUGCCGAAGAAAAAUUUGUAGUGAAUAUGCUCCUUCAAGUUGACUUUGUUCUUUAAAAAAUGUUUUAAAAAUAGAUAUAUCUUACUUAAAAUUACAAUUCAGACAAUAUAAUCAGAGUUCUCCAAUAUGAGCCCGGAACAGACCGAACCGUCGUUUAAAAUGGAAACGAGCAUAUGUCAAGAAAUUGCGGUUAAAACAUGUGUGGGUGAAAAUACAGCACGCCUUCAUCUUAUGCACUCGUUGAAAAAAAUUGUCGAGAAAAUUGCCGAUGAUUUCAGGUCGGGUUCAAAUGGAGCAUGGUGGUGCUGCCUCAUCUUUUCUACGUUGCUGACUCUAGCCACGAGACUGCACUAUAUCACCGUCCCGUAUUAUGUCAUCUGGGAUGAGACACAUUUCGGGAAGAUGGUUUCCAUGUAUAUUAACAGGACCUACUUCUUCGACGUUCAUCCCCCAGGAGGCAAGCUGGUUCUUACGUUCUUCGCGCUCUUGAGCGGCUAUAACGGCACAUUUGCCUUCGAGAAGCCUGGCGACAGCUACGAAGGAUACCCAGAAAUCAUUUACAUGAGAGUGCUAUGCACGCUGCUAGGCACGGCGCUGGCGCCCCUUGCGUUCGGGUGCGCGUGGUCCAUGACGCGGCGUCUGCCCGCCGCGCUGCUCGCCGCUAUCUUCGUCACGGCCGAGACCGGUACUCUGCUGCUGACGAGGUUCAUCCUGCUGGACGCUCCGCUGAUGUUCUUCAUGAUGGCCGCCUUCCUCAGCCUGUGUCGCCUGCAGCACGCAACGCUGAGGCAAGGGGCGUUCAGUGGGCCGUGGUGGACCAGCCUGGGGGCGACGGGCCUCUUCUUGGGUUGCGUGGUGAGCGUCAAGUUCGUGGGGCUGUUCACGGUGGCCGUCGUGGGCCUGCACGCCGCGUCGCAACUCUGGAACAUCUUCGCGGAUUCUAAUUGGACGGAAAUAGCACAGCACCUAUUGGCACGAGUGGCAGCUCUCAUUGUCCUCCCAAUGCUGAUUUACUUCGGGUUUUUCGUAAUCCACGACGCUCUGCUAAUUCAUUCGAACUCUCCAUUGUUUUUUCAAGAAGCCUCACACAGCCCUGGUUUCCAAAUGCGACUCAUUGGCAACAACCUGCAUAACCUCAGCCAACCUGCUGAUGUUGGUUACGGAAACUUUGUAACUCUACGCAACACUGGCAUCAACGGAGGCUAUCUGCACUCUCAUAACUUUACGUAUCCGUUCAAAGUCAUGCCCGGUAAAAAACAACAAGUCACCGUGAUCGGUAUCAAAGAUCACAACAACUGGAUACAAAUCCUGUACCCGGUCGACGACCCAGACCAGGAGGACGGAUCGUACUCCGGUCCCCCCGAGGGCCUGCAGGACGGCGACGUCUUGAGGCUCUACCACAACGGCACGGCGGCCCUCAUCGGCUGCGGGGACCUGCCUGCUGCUGUCACCUUCAAGCACAGGAUCGUCUUCUCGCAGCCUGUGAACCUCAGCCUCACCGAGUCGGUUGACCCCGAACCCGAGUUCUUGUGGUCUGUUCAUGAAGUGAAAGAUGAGGACCAAGAUGAGAAAAGUUCCAACUCAACGUCGCCAUCUUCAGGGUCAGUCGAACCCAACGACGACGAGGAUGAGACACGGGCUUUCAAACCAUCAAUACAAGCGCUCACGUCACGAGUGCGGCUUCAGUGCCAGAGCCAACGCAAACAAUGCUUUCUUACAAGAAGUCUUCAAAAAUUACCACACAAUUGGGGAUACGGACACGGUGAAGUGACCUGCUCAACUAACAAAUUCGAUCCAUACAACCAAUGGAUCUUCGAACAAAAUGUCAAUUCGAAGUUGCCCAAUGCCACUUUUAAUCACCUGCAAUCGGGGUUGGUGGAGCGAUUUCUGGAGUCCCAUCAAGUCAUGAAGUUCCGGAACAGCCGCAUGCAGGAAGCGACCUACCACAAGCUCACCCAACGUCCCUGGAUGUGGCCCAUCUGUUAUUCCAUGCAUCCAUGGUUCGAUUUGGUCUAUCGGAUCGGACUUAUUGGAAACCCCCUGAUAUUUGCGUUAAAUUUUAUGUGCUUGAUAGCAGCGGCCGGAUUGUUGCUCUUUCGAUCCUACGUCUUCAAAAGAAACCCUCACGGUGCAAGCUUGACAGAAAUCGAUGAGCUGGCAUAUUGGUGUCGGUGGCUGCUGGUGGCAUACCUCCUGCACUACCUGCCCUUCUACGCCAUGGACCGCGUGCUUUACUACCACCACUACUUCCCAGCGCUGCAGUUCUCUUCCCUGCUCACAGCGGUGUUACUUGGCUCGUGGUUCUGCAGCUUCCGCUCUCCAGUGGCAACUCUAGCGGCCACAACAUUUGUGAUCGCUGCCCUGGCGUGCUCGUUCGUGCUCUAUUGCUACAUCAGCUAUGGCUAUCCCUCCAACGGCUACUACCAUCCUGACAACUCCACCUACCGCCACCUCCGGGUCUUCCAACACUGGGAAAUAUAACUCUAUUCCUUAUCUAAUAUACUCUUAUACGAUAAUACGAGUAAUAUACUUGUAUAAUAUACUCGGAUAUUUGUCAAAUUUUGCGGGUCUGUAUUUUUGGAUGCGUCGGAAGUGUGGUGCCACGCAAAUAUACAAGGGCUGUUCGGGCGUGUACCGUGUCGGUAUUUUACCAUAACCUAAAGCAUCAUUCUUAGUGGGAAAAUAUUAAAUAAUUGGAGCAAUCCGAGGCAAGGUUAACCCGGGCAGCGCUCGACUAGACAUCGAAUAAAUUUACAAAGCAUGAAAUUACCUUCAACAUCGACUAAUAAUAAGAGUAUUUCUCAUAAUUACCUACAACUUUGAAGGAUUACAUAUGGAAAGGACUUUUGUUAGGAGUUAUAAAACAGUCACGACUUCCACUCACCGUCAUUUAGCUGAUGUAAAAUUUGCUUGUCAAAGUUCGGCUGAUGUCUGGGCUUUGUAAUACCUGACCUAUGGUAAUCUAGCACAACGCAAAAUAUUAUUUUAAUUAUACGUUUUGAU